CGCCAUCAGUCUUUCUCUCAGACUCCCUACAUCCACAGCAUCUCUGGCCACAUGCCUUUACCAUUACCCAGUAGCUUUAAGAGAGUGUGCGGAAGAUUCAGUUGAAAAAGAUCCUCACUAAGAUCCAAGCGUUUCUGACAAGUCCAUCAUGAGUACCUUUGGGUACCGAAAGGAGCUGAAGAAGUAUGAAUCAGUGGAUGAAGAUGAGGUGUUGGCUGGCUUGUCGUCUGAGGAGCUUCAGGAGCUGGAGAGGGAGCUGGCGGAUAUGGACCCGGAUGACAAUAUACCUAUCGGGCUGAGGCAGAAAGACCAGACCGCCAAGUCCCCCACAGGCACCUUCUCCAGAGAGGCACUACUGAAAUACUGGGAGGACGAGACACGCAAACUGCUAGAGGAUGACAGAUCUGAAUCAUCCCCUGAACAUGACAGAAUGGAGGAAGGACAGACUGAUAAGAGCGAAGAGGAAUGUGUGACAGAGAGUGACAGUAACAGCACAGAGUCUGAGGACAGUGAUGAGGAAGAGGAACGCCAAAAUGGAAGGGAAGGGAGCGAAGACGAGGCAGGUGAGGAUGAGAAUGGUUCAACUGAGGCUGAAAAUGAAGAGGAAAAGAAGGACAAAUGCAAACAGGAGCCUUUACCAACUUCUGGUAGACAUGGGCAGAACGCUGUUGACCACCUGUCAAGAAACCUAGGGAAUUGUUCUGAAAGGGGAGACUGGAGAACAACAAUGACUGACCAAAACCUAAAUGUGACUCCAGAGAGACCUUGUGGGAACCCUAUCGUGAUUGACGAGGCACUUGAACGAAUCCUUCGCGAUGAUCCCACAAUGAGCGAGCUCAACUUCAACAACAUCGAAGACAUCUCUCAGGAGACCUUGCUGCGUAUCUCCGAAGCACUGAGCACCAAUACACACGUACGUGUUUUUAGCCUUUCUAACACCCGAGCCAAUGACCGGGUUGCCCUUGCCAUCUCCAAGAUGCUCAGAGAAAACUGCUCCAUCACCAACCUCAACAUUGAGUCCAACUUUGUGUCCGGCCAGGGAAUCUUGGCGCUGUUGGCAUCGCUCCAACAAAACAGUACUCUGGUGGAGCUGCGCUUCCACAACCAGAGGCACAUCUGCGGGGGGCAGGUUGAGAUGGAGAUGGUUCGCCUCCUAAGGGACAACAACACCCUCCUCAAGCUGGGCUACCAGUUUGAUCUGCCAGGCCCCAGGAUGACUGCCACCAGUAUUCUGACCCGCAACCAGGACCGACAGAGGCAGAGACGGCUGCAACAACAGAGGGAGAAAGGCCAUCCAGAAGCAACAGUCCAGCCCAGGGCCGAUGCCGGGACAACAGGCCUAGUUUCUGGAUCGCCUCCUUCAAACCAACCACCCUGGUUCUCUCCAAAACAUGUGAGGAAUGACCAGACUCCAAAUAACAUCCCUCCUCCGCCUCCCCCUCCUCCACUCCCUGGCCUUCAGUCUGAGAGGAAUACACCAACCAGGAAGAUUGCAGAGAUGAUCAAACAACAUGAAGGGAGUACAAAGGGUCAAUCAGGCCAAAAGAAACCCAAAUCCAAGAGGGGCAAAAAUGGGGCCAACAAGAAGUGCAGCUCUGACAUUCUCAAGGAGCUGAAGAAUGCCUUGAAGCCUUCUUCGCAAAAGAAGAAAGACAACCCACCCCGGCCACUAGCACCUCUGAGCUCUACCCGGGAUGAUCUGAUGGCGGCCAUUCGUGGUAGCAGCAUUAGAUCACUCAAAAGGGUGACUCUCCAGCAGGAUCAAUGUUAACGUUGUGGUGGGAGAAAGGAAUAUCCAACCUGAUCAAGAGCUGUUCUCCACAAAUAUCGCACCCACUUCAUUCUGUAUUCAUUAAAAAAAUGAAACAUUUGUACCACAAAUGCUAAAUAUAUAAAUACAAGUAUAUUAACAUAUCAUUUGUUUAUGUAUUACUAUGAAACUUUCUGCUUGGAAAACUGUGGACACAUUUUACAUAUAAUUUUCUUAGUCUUAUGUAAAUAUUUUCCUGUCAUGUAGUGAAAAAUACUACAGUGGACUUGAUUGCAUAUUAUGAACGGGUGGCAAUUUAUUGAUUAAAGGCACAAUCCAUAAUAUUA